AUGUCAGAGAUCGUUGGCGGGUUGAAUGAAGCUUGGAUGGCCAUGGGAGACAUGAACUCGGUCCCCUGUCAAGACGAGAAGGUUGGAGGAAGACCCGUUUGUGACUCGGAGGGCAGGGGCCUAAGAAACUUCAUGUUUGAGUGUGGGGCGAUUGAUCUCAAUGGGGUGGGGGCGCUCUUUACUUGGUCUAAUGGCCAAGAUUGGAACCAUCUGGUGAGAGAGAAACUGGACUGGGUGGUUUGUUCAACCUCUUGGAUCUCUAUAUUUCCUAAGGUUGGCACUCGCACUCUAGAUGAGGGGUGCAGCAAGGUUAUUCGUAAGGCUUGGCAGAACGUUGUCACGGGUUACCAAAGCUUCAUUCUGUGCACCAAACUCCGAAUUACGGCCAAUGCUCUGAGCAAAUGGAACAAAGAAAGCUUUGGAAUAUGUAAAACUAAAUUGGCGCUCCUGGAGAAACUCCUCAUUGAUGUUCAAAGCCGUGAACCUUCUCAGGAAAACUUGCAACUGGAGAGUGCGUUGAUGCUAGAAAUUGCUGAAGUGGAAGCUCGCCAAGAUGAGAUUUGGAGGCAAAAGGCUAGGGAGCUUUGGCUUAAAGAAGGAGAUUGGAACUCCCGAUUCUUUCACGCUUCCCUGGUGGUUAGAAUGAAGAGAAAUUUCAUUUGGGGUGUCUCCCAAGAUGGCAUUCAUUGGAUAGACAAUAGAGACAUGGUGGUGGAUUAUUUCAGGGGAAGGUUUAUUGAAUCUUUCUCCUCCACUAAUCCGAAGUUUAGGGAGGAAAUUUUCGAUCUGAUUUCGCCAUGUAUUACCACGGAGGAGAACGAGUACAUGCGGGGCAUUCCGUCUGCAGAUGAAAUUAAGGCUGUGGUGUGGGAGAUGCCUCCACUUAAGUCCCCAGGCCCCGAUGGCUUUCCUGCAAAGUUCUACAAAACUCACUGGGACACGGUUGGCCAACAAACGAUAGACUUUGUGAAGGAAUUCUUUUCAACUGGUAAGUUCACUAAGGCUGUCAAUAGAACUUUCAUUGUACUGAUUCCAAAGAAACAAGAUGCCUGUAAAUUUGAUGACUACAUGCCGAUUAGUUUGUGCAAUGUCUGCUACAAAAUUGUGGCUAAGAUUCUGGUGAACAGGUUAAGAGGAGUGCUGGACAAAAUCAUCUCUCCCUAUCAAUCUGCUUUUGUCAAAAAUCGAUGGAUUGUUGAAAACUCAAUAAUCGCCCACGAGAUUGUCCAUGAUAUGGGCAGGAAGAAAGGGAGUGAGGCUUUUGUUGGUAUCAAAUGCGACAUGUCUAUGGCCUACGAUAAGAUGGAAUGGGGUUUUGUGGACGGUGUUCUCAAGGCUUUCGGUUUUGACAGUUGGUUCCGUGGCUUAAUCAGGGAAUGCAUUUCUUCUGUGAGUUUCCAGGUCCUGGUUAAUGGUGGGCUAACAAAGAUGUUUACGCCAGGCAGGGGGCUGAGGCAAGGCGACCCUUUGUCGCCUUUUUUGUUCAUCAUUUGCUCUGAGAUUCUUUCUCGUCUGAUUAUGAAAAAGGAGAACUUGGGUUUGAUUACGGGCUAUCGAGUCUCUCCCAACUGCCCAUCCAUUUCCCACCUCAUGUAUGCUGACGACACAAUCUUUUUUAUGAAAUCGGAUAUUGGGGAGAUUAAUCAGUUUCAAGAGGCGCUGAAUCAAUAUUGCAAUUGGUCGGGACAGAGAAUUAAUGUUAACAAGUCAAAAAUUCUCUUGUCUAAAAACUGUGAGAUGAAUGUGGGGGUGGCAAUCUCGGAUAGCUUAGGCUUUGACAUAAUGAAUGGAGAUGAAACUUUCCUGGGCAAUCCGCUGUUUGUUAGUGGAAACAGAACGAAAGACUUCCAAUUUAUCAUUGAUAAUGUCAGGAAUCGGAUGGAAGUGUUCUUUCUUCCAAAGACCAUCACAGACUCCUUGGAUGCUCUGGUUAGGAGGUUCUGGUGGAAGGGAUCUAUGGAUGGGGGCCGAUAUCUCUCUUUGAUGAAUUGGGAUACGAUCUGCAAACCCAAGGGCUGUGGGGGUUUAGGGAUUCGAAAAUUUUGGGACAUCAACUUCUGCCUUUUAGCCAAACUGGGUUGGUGUGUGGCUCAAAACAAUAAUAACAUCUGGUGUAAGACCCUGAUGGGAAAAUACUGCAGGAAUAGAAGCUUCUGGGCUAGAUCUAUCCCUCGGGGAGCAUCUUAUGUUGCCCGAGGAAUAUGGAAAACGAGAGAAUUCAUUAAGGAGAAUGGAGUUUGGCUAAUUGGGAAGAACUCUUCUGUAGAGAUAAUGCAUUGCUCUUGGUCUUGCUCUGAUGGAGUGGUUAUAUGCCCCUCGGAUAUAAAUUCGCGGAUAGAUACAUGGACGAUGGUCUGUGAUCUUUUAGGUGGCGACUUGAGCCACUGGGAUCAAUCUCUUGUGGAGAGAAUGUUUAAACCAGCAACUGCGGAAGUCAUAUCCAGAUGUAACAUUGAGGAGCUCCCCGAGAACGAUUCCUUAGUGUGGAAGUCUGCCCCGAAUGGUGAAUUCUCUCUUAAGAGGGUGUACUGGGAUCUCCUUGGCCCCAGAGCUCGUCAAGAUAAGAUGUGUAUGAGACUUUGGCGCUCUCCUAUUCAUGAUCGCCUUAAACAUUUCAUGUGGAAAUGUGCUACAAACUGCCUCCCCUUCAGUGCUAGAUUGGGCAGUAUUUUCGGACAUCCGUGUGGAAAAUGCUACCUAUGUAACACUAAUAAUUCGGACCAUGCGGCUCACUUUUUCUCCCUAUGCUCUGUUACGAAGCGACUUCGGGGGUCAGGUAAAUGGCAACUAAUGAUCGAGAAUGUCCCUCUUCACUCCGGUGAGGAGGUGAUAAAAUGGAUGCUUGAUCCUGGGAACUUGGUAGGGGCGUGCGACCCCAGGAACCCAAAGGUGGAAUUUAUGCUCUAUGCUGCAGUGCUGUACCAUAAUCUAUGGUUCGUCAGGAAUGACAUCUUCUAA